AUGAAGCCCGUCGUCCUUACUGUUACGGCGGCUGCCCUAGCCUCGGCUCUUUCUAAACGAUCGACCGACGCAAGUCCACCCCAAACUCUCGACCGCGUCUGGUCUGGUGUCAAGCAGAGCGGCAGUGGCUUCACUUCUGUGACUGGCACAUUCACAGUUCCCAAAGGAGGCAAAAGUUUUGGGCCUUCGAUUUGGGUCGGCAUCGAUGGUUCCACAGAAUGCCCUGGCGGCGGCCUGCUGCAGACCGGCGUCAGACUCACCGGCAACGGCACAGCGUUCGGCUGGUUCGAAUGGGUUCCCCUGAGCGCGCCCGUCUUUGAGGACUUCCAAGUGAGCGAGGGCGACGAUAUCAGAAUGACCGUCCACGCCUACGGACCUUCCAACGGCUCCGCUAUCCUGGACAACCUCAGCACGGGGCAGACCUGGAUCGUCGAGGACUACAACAAUUCUGGAGGCAACGACACCGGCAUCGUGGCGUCUCCCGACUACGGCACUAUCGUUAUCCGCAACGCGUCGGCGCAGGGAUCGGCCGGCACGGUCACUCCGGAAGGGGGUGAACUGAUUGAGCUGUUUGAUACGAGAACUGGAACUGUUUUGUCGCAGUGCUCUGCUGGGGAAGAGGAGGUUACAUGCAAGUAUGUUGGGCCACCAACUCAGGGCUGA